UCGCCUGGUUUCACCAUAUCAUAUUAUUUUUCUUGUAAUCACUAGUCAGAAGUCAGUCAUUAGAGAAUUUUUUCACGAUUUCACGCAUAUAAAACAUUUUUGUCUCGUGGUGAUAAUUUUUGUUAGAAAGAAAAUACUAAGAAUAUAGAGAAAUUACUUAUAUAUGGUAAUGUUCUGAGGUAUGAAAUAAUUCUCGAAAUUCUAAUUGUGCAAAAAGAUAUGGCCCUUUCGGCAAUACUUUACUUACUACUAGGAUUAGUUACCUUAAACGCAAAGAAUUUGCCACCUGAAAAUUUUUAUGAUGUACUUGUGAAAAAUUGCCCAAUCCUAAAUAUGAACGAAAAAUCUUUUAAAAACCAAGACAUCUUUAACAAAUGUAAAACUUGGAAGGAGAUUAGUGAAACUAAAACCCUAACAAAUGAAUCUGCACAGAAUGUGUUAUGUUUACUGUAUUAUGAUGCAUUCAUUUCAUUUUGCGACGAAAUAAAUACUAAAAAAACAUUCAAUAAAAUAAAUUUAGUGCCUGACGUAAAAGAUUAUAAGGCCGAAAGUGUUUGUAAAAACUCAUCUCUGUUUCCUGCCAGCCGAAUAUUUAAACAUAAUGUAGAUAAAAUUAUCAGUACUGAAGGUAUUUGUUACAAAUUAUGUCAAAAUUUUGACGGAACUCUAGUAAAUGAAUGUAGCCUAGCUUACUACUUUGCUAACUAUGUUUCUUCACCAACAAAAGCCAUUAAACCAGAUCUGCAACAGUUGGAAUCUAAUCCUAAGGAAGUUAAUUCUGAUUCGAUAGGUAAUGCACUUAACAUUGAGGUAGAAUCACCAAAAACAAAAGAGAUCCUUAAUGCAGAUAAUAAUAGUCCUAAACCUAAGGCUGAUCAGGUACCAAAUAAUAACGCAGUUGUUAAGCAGGACAGUGAUAAAAAUGGAGACAAUGCGAUGCUUAAAAAAAAUCCAGAGUCCACCUCAAAUAAUGGUUUAGAAAAUAUAAAUGUCCCUAAAUCAGAUCCUGACAACGUAAAAGAUUCAGAACUAGUUGCUAAUUCAAAUCCUGUGGCUGCCAAUAAUGAGAAUUCUGCAAAUUUAAAUGUAGCUAAUGAUGAAUCUCAAACUAAGGCGAAGCUUAAGGCUAAGGAAGAGGUUCAUUUUAAGAAAGAAACUGAGGCUAAUGAUGCGACUCAGGUUACAAAUGAGAUUCCCUCUGAUGAAGAAUUUGAGAAACAAUCUCAAAUACAGUCAAAUACUGAAAAAAAUUUGGGUGAAAACCAACCAGAUGUUCCAGAGGGUGAACCAAAACAAGGUGACGGUAACAAAAAUGAAGUCGAUGACAUAGAUCCUGUAGAUGCACAAAAUUUGAAUGAGGAAGGCAGUGACGACGUUGAUUUUUUAGACAAGUCAGAGGAAGGUACACAAGUGAACAAAAAUGGUAAGUUAAAGGAGGCACUUACAAUGCAAAAGGAUAAAGAGAAACCGAACACUUUGGCAGAAGAAAUGCCGGCCAAUUAUAACACCGCAGAGGAACUGGAUGGAGAAUCUUAUUUCUUUUCGUAUUUCAUGGUCAUCUGCGUUCUCUUCGUACUAGGAUAUGUUGGAUAUCAUAAUAGGCAGAAGGUCAUGGCGUUGAUGCUUGAAGGAAAGCGAGGAAAGAGGCAGGUCAGGGGCCGGAGACCCAAUUCUGCUAAUUACCACAAAUUAGACAGCAAUUUGGAGGAAGCCAUCUCGUCCACAUGUACCAAAAACUCCAGCCAUGUUAUUUAUUAAAAUUAUUCGUUGUCACAGGAGCUCACGUGGUUUUUUGCAGUCAUUGUUCAUAUCAUUGCAAUAUGUAAUGCCCUCAAAUUACAAAGUGUAAAAAAAUGUACAUAAUUUGCUACUGAAUAUUUAUAAUGUUUGUAAAUGUUUCAACGAUACAUAAAUAGUGUAAUCAGUA